AUGCACAGAAGUACUCUUUUACAAAAUUUAACUCCUGACGCUGAAGGUUUAGACUGGAUAUUAACUUACAGUACUUCUGUGCAUGGAUUUAGUUUACGAUCGUUAUAUCGUCGAUGUGCCAAUAGUUUGACAGAAUCUUCAAAAGAUAAUUUACAUGGUACUAUUCAUACAAAAAUGAAACAUACUAUUAUACCGAAUUCACCGCAUGCAUCAAAUCAGCCAUGUAUACUAAUCAUACGAACAUCAACGAAUGAGAUAUUUGGGGCAAUGCUUAAUACACAUCCUUAUCCAAGUAAUGGUCGAUUCUAUGGUAAUGGAUCAUGUUUUGUAUUUCGAUGGAUCAAUACAACUGAUUCAAAACAAGAUCAAUUCAAAGAAAAUAGUAAUUCAAUCAAUGAACAAGAUUCUACAUCUUUAUCAGUUACUUCUAAUAAAUUAAUGAAUAUACCAGUAGAUGUAAACUCUGCAUCAAUAUCAUCAUCGGUAUUAUUAGUAACAGACAAUCAUAACUCUGAUCUAGUCUCAUCUUCGUCAUCAUUGGAUAUGAGAACUGAAACUGUAACUAAGGAAUUCGCGCAUUUAUGUUAUAAUGAUAAAAGAGAAUUUCCAGAACAGGAUAAAAAACAAACAUUCCAAAAAUUUAUAUGGAGCGGUAAAAAUUCCUAUUUUAUUAAUGGUGAUUAUGAUUCACUUACCAUAGGAUGUUCUCAAGGUCAUUCAGCAAUUCAACUUGAUGAUAAUUUAUUACAUGGACAUAGUGUCAAUUGUGAAACAUUUGAUAGUCCACAAUUAACUUUAUUAUCACCAGAUUUUGUGAUUACCACACUUGAAAUAUGGUCAUUUAUUUGA